AUGAGGCUCUCCGCCGCGCUGACGCCGCCUGGGGCAGCGCUGCUCCACGCUGCACCUCCUUCAGCCGCGCAGACGAGCACGACCACCGACGUACGACCCGCCUCCUCACCGCAAGCCGGCAACGUCACGGGUUUGCCCGAGGCAACGAGUCUUGCGGCGCUCAGCGGUGCGCAAACCCUGGGGCGCACCUCAUCGACGAGCGGCGCUGUACCUUGA